GCCAGCUCUUUCGCCAAUUGGAUGAGGAGGGGUUUAAAAAGUUUGUGGCUAUUAUGUACGCAAACUGACCAGUGUUCUUCUCUAGUUGCCAUUUUGGAGACAUGGAAGCUACCGCAAUGCGACCAAACGCUAUCAAAUUGCUGGCAACCUCAACCUCAACCUCAAUUUCGUCUCUUCAGCCAACAAAUGCUGCCGGCGUUAGCUUCCUCGUACCAAAAUCUGUCCAACUGACUAAGACGCCCAUGAUUGCCCGAGCUUCCGACCCCAGAAAUGACCAAGCAAAUCCCAGCACUGAUGAACCUGGCCUUCCUUUCCUACCCCAGGAGGAUUUGAACUUCUUGGUGAAACUGGGAGUGGGUUCAGUUGCGGGAGGAGCAGUUAUAAAAUAUGGAAGUGUGAUUUUACCGGAGAUAACAACACCAAAUUUUUCAUUGGCUCUGUUUAUGAUAUCAGCUCCAAUGGUUGUUGCGGUUGUGCUCUUAUUUUUGCAAAGUCGUGCAGAUUCAUGAGUGUAACAAUCACGAACAUUUUCUGGGUGAACAAGCUCUGUAGCAAUCUGUUGGACUGUAGUCAUGCUUUGUUCAUGAUGCCUUUUGAUUUUGACCGCCAAAAAUAUCAUGCUUUAUUCAUGAUGGUUUAUUCGAGUUUUACCUUGUAUUUUCUGUAUGUAUGCACCGGAGAUGAAUGCUUGGGGGUCGUAAUACAAACUAGUGUAGUUGUGACGUGAAUAAUGUGCAACUAUGCGGAGAUUAUAACAUAAUUUUUUGUUGAUUGCU